GUGUGUGGGCAGUCGCUUCAGCUUCCUUGCCAUUCGCCUACGUAACACGUAGAGGAACGUCCCGGGGCUGUGUCAGAGAGUAUAGAGGCGCGCAAGGCGAGGCACAGACUCUACAGCACUGUUCGAACCAUGGUAGCUCAACAGAAGAAUCUUGAAGGCUAUGUCGGGUUUGCCAACCUCCCAAACCAAGUGUACAGAAAAUCUGUGAAGAGGGGGUUUGAGUUCACGCUUAUGGUAGUAGGAGAGUCAGGCUUGGGAAAAUCAACUCUCAUCAAUUCUCUUUUUCUUACGGAUUUAUAUGCACCUGACUACCCUGGUCCAUCACACAGAAUUAAAAAAACUGUUCAGGUUGAGCAGUCAAAGGUUCUUAUCAAAGAAGGGGGAGUUCAGCUGCUUUUGACAAUAGUUGACACACCAGGAUUUGGAGAUGCAGUGGAUAAUAGCAACUGUUGGCAGCCAGUCAUUGAUUACAUUGACAGUAAAUUUGAAGACUACCUGAAUGCAGAAUCACGAGUCAACAGACGACAGAUGCCAGACAACCGUGUGCACUGCUGCUUGUAUUUCAUUGCCCCUUCAGGCCACGGACUAAAGCCAUUGGACAUUGAGUUCAUGAAACGUUUGCAUGAGAAAGUCAACAUCAUUCCGCUUAUUGCCAAAGCUGAUACUCUCACACCAGAAGAAUGCCAACAGUUCAAAAAACAGAUAAUGAAAGAAAUUCAGGAACACAAAAUCAAGAUUUAUGAAUUUCCAGAAACAGAUGAUGAAGAAGAAAAUAAGCUUGUUAAAAAAAUAAAGGAUGGUCUACCUCUUGCUGUGGUUGGAAGUAAUACUAUCAUAGAAGUCAAUGGCAAGAGAGUACGAGGAAGACAGUAUCCUUGGGGAGUUGCAGAAGUGGAAAACGGUGAACACUGUGAUUUCACUAUUCUGCGAAACAUGUUGAUAAGAACUCACAUGCAAGAUCUCAAGGAUGUGACCAACAAUGUACAUUACGAGAACUACAGGAGCAGGAAAUUGGCAGCUGUGACUUAUAAUGGUGUUGAUAACAAUAAGAACAAAGGGCAAUUAACAAAAUAUGACACAGUUGAAGGCAUGAGCCCACUAGCUCAAAUGGAAGAAGAGAGGCGGGAACAUGUGGCCAAGAUGAAGAAGAUGGAAAUGGAGAUGGAGCAGGUCUUUGAAAUGAAGGUCAAAGAAAAGGUUCAGAAGCUUAAGGACUCUGAAGCAGAGCUUCAGCGACGUCACGAACAGAUGAAAAAGAAUCUAGAAGCUCAACACAAAGAAUUAGAGGAAAAACGGCGUCAGUUUGAGGAAGAAAAAUUAAACUGGGAAACUCAGCAACGUAUACUGGAACAGCAAAACACUUCCAGGACUUUGGAGAAAAACAAGAAGAAAGGGAAGAUAUUUUAGAAACAUUCCUGGAGCACCACUCUGUCAUACUUAAUAAGUUGCCAACUUGCCAGCCCAGACAUCAGUGUUUGUUGGAACCAUUCAGCCACUUUUGAAACCAGUUGCAUCCAUAAAUGUUGGAUUAAACAGCAUGACCUUUUUUUAUUAUUCUUGAGGGAGAUUAAACAUGCCUUGAAUUGUCUGAGGUUUUGCAUACUUGGAGAACUAUAUACUGCAAGUGAUUGCUUCCCCUUCUUCCCUCUAUCUCUUUUUAACAGAUGGCUUCAUUUUAAACACGAGAUAAAGCAUUUUCCUCUUGUAUAACUAAGGUCUUGGGGCUGAUUGCAGGAUAUUCCACAAUACAUGGACUCUGGCUUACAAUGAAGAUAAAAUGCCAUACUUGCAUCUUUUAACUUGCUUAUGUAAUGCAAGACUUCCAUACAUACUGUCUAUUGUAUUUUCCAUCUUUCCCAUAAUUUUGACACUUCCAUUGUUUAGUUCUACACUUGGGAAUAUAGCCUUUACAGUGCACAAAAUGCUUUUUCUUCCUUUUUAUUGUUUUUUUUUUUUUUUUUUUUAUAUACAAUCACCCUAUUGUGUUUGGUGAAAUCUUUACGUAUAUGCUAUUUCCAUUUAGUUACUACUUUAGCCAGAAAAAUCUAAUUUCUGCUUCCUUUUGUAAUAUUUACUUUAGAUAUUUUUCUUCCAAGUAUUGGCCCUUUUGAAUUAAAGUGUAGUUUAUUUCAUUGUAGUAUGAACCGUUGAGUAAAACUUUUUUCCAUCCUCACCUUAUAAAUUCUUCUUUGUUUUCUGGUAAGGCAGUAGGAAUGAUACUUUAGUGGUCAUUUCUAGGUCAAAUUAACAAGUCUGUUCUACCUUUCUGUGCAGUCUGUUUUAUGUUUUAAUAGAUAUGAAAUAAUUGCCUAAUAAGAAGCGGAACAUCACAAUUUUGCAUUUAGCUGUGUUCAUAUACUGCAAUUCUGUAUUUUUUUUUUUUGUUUGUAUUGUACAAAGUCACAUAAUAAACAAUGUUGUGAUGUAAUACUGCAA